CACGGUGUGCCAGUCCGUGCAGGCAGUCGCUUACAUCUCAGAUCCGCCGCCGCCGCGCUGCGAGCACAGAAAGACGCGUCUGCCAAGUCCGGUCCACUCCACUUGGUGACGCGCGGAGCCGAGCACGGACAGGCCGGUUACCGAGCAGCGCGCGGCCGCUCCUCGCUGCACACUGUCGGUGCUUUUUGCGUGUGUUUUUUUGUGUGUUGCUGUUAAAUGCAACAGCGGUCUUUGCGGGAUAAAGACAGCAUUCAUACAUAAUCAGCGCCGAAGCGAAACAAGGACGAACGCCGGGGGACAGGAGCUGCGAGCGGCCGUGGGGAGGUGUAGACAGCAAUACUCAAAAGAUCUAAUUUGUCUGUGAUGAGCAUCCCCGUCCGCCAGACACCAAAGGUACGGCCUGCCCCCGUUGUUCCCUCUGAGAGGACGAGGAAGCGAUGUCGCGCCACCACCACCGCUUCGAGCGGGACUACCGGGGACCCUGGGAGCGGAGAGACAUCCGUCCUUCUGGCCUCCACAAUGGAGGAGCCAAUCAUAGCUGUGCCUCUGCCGUUGUCAAUGGCAACAACCGUCCGGGGCUGCUUCCCCUACCAGUCAUCCCCUCCCUCCUCCCCACCCCAGUUACAGUUGCCGUGACAACAUCGAGCAGCGACAUAGCGGUCAAGCGAGGCAUCGCGGCAGCAGGGUCGGUGGCUCCGGCGUCGGCCAAGGUCUCCGGACUUUCUCCGGGAGACAACCAGACCCCGGGGCUGCUGUUGGCUCCGGGGGUGAGGUGGGGGCAGACGCCCAUCAACCAGCUCACGCCAUGGGAUACGGACGAGCCCCCCGCCAAGCAGCAUCGAGACGGAGAACCCACCGGUCCGUCCUGGGCUUCACCAGUAGCGGCAGUGAGCCAGCCCAGCCUGCUGCCCCACACCUACGCCCUCCCCCAGCCGCCUUCCUUCAACCACAGCGUGACGGCGCAGUCGCCCAUCAUCGGAGUCACCCCGUCCAUCCAGACGCCGGUGCCCCCACAGCACCCCCUCAUGACGGCCCACUUCCAGCUGACGCCGCAGUCGACCCAGCAGCCGCCCUCCAUGGUGCUGAACAUGCCCAGCCAGCCUCUGUAUGCCUCAGCCCAGCCGACGGUGACGCCAUCCGCCCUCACUGCCCAGGCCAACCAGGUGGUUCAUCCAAACCCUCACAGCUUGAUGGGCAACGGCCACUUAACUUCUCACCCCAGCCUCAUCCAGCCUCCAACCCUGCCUCUCACCAACGGACAGGCGGCGGCGGCAGCAGGACACGCCCAACCUUCAGCUGUAGACAAUCAGGACGGUCCGAAUGGGCUGCAGAUGCUGCGGACGGUCGGGAGUGGAAAGUACGAGUUCAGUGACCCGGGACAUCCCAGAGAGAUGUUGAAGGAGUUGAACCAACAGCGCAGAGCGAAAGAGUUUACAGACCUGAAAAUUAUUGUUGAAGGCAAAGAGUUUGAAGUCCACCAAAAUGUUCUAGCUUCCUGCAGCUUGUAUUUCAAGGACCUGGUGAAAAGGUCGUCGGGGGAGACGAGGAACGGUGAGAUGCUGGAGCUGAACAUGAGCAACAUCAGCGCCGACGUGUUGGAGCUGCUGCUGGAGUUCGUCUACACGGGAUCGCUGGUCAUCGACUCGGCCAACGCCAAGACGCUGCUGGAGGCCGCCAACAAGUUCCAGUUCAACACCUUCUGCAAAGUCUGCGUCUCCUUUUUAGAGAAACAGUUGACCGCGGCUAACUGUCUGGGAGUGCUGGCGAUGGCCGAAGCCAUGAGCUGCACGGAGCUCCACAACAUGGCCAAAGCGUUUGCACUGCAGAAUUUCCCAGAGGUGGCAGGUCAGGAAGAGAUUUUGAGUGUGUCCAAGGAAGACCUAGUGGCUUAUCUGUCCAAUGACAGUCUAAACACAAAGGCUGAGGAGCUGGUCUACGAGACGGUCAUCAAAUGGAUCAAACAAGAUCCCAACUCCAGAGUGCAGCAUUUGUCGGAGCUGCUGGCGGUUGUGCGUCUCCCCUUCAUCCAUCCGUCCUACCUGCUGAAUGUCGUGGACAACGAGGAGCUCAUCAAAUCGUCGGAGGCGUGUCGCGACCUGGUGAACGAAUCCAAACGUUACCACAUGUUGCCCCACGCGAGGCAGGAGAUGCAGACGCCCAGGACCCGGCCGAGGCUUUCUGCAGGUGUAGCCGAAGUGAUAGUUCUGGUGGGAGGGCGUCAGGCUAUCGGGAUGAACCAGCGUUCCCUGACAGCGGUCACCUGCUUCAACCCCCAGAACAGUAAGUGGUACCCGCUGGCCAGCCUGCCCUUCUACGACCGGGAGUUCUUCAGUGUCAUCUCGGCCGGAGACAACAUCUACCUGUCAGGUGGCACAGAGUCCGGUGUGAUGGUGGCUGACGUGUGGUGCUACAUGUCCCUGCUGGACAACUGGAAUCUGGUGUCCCGGAUGACGGUGGCUCGCUGCCGACACAACAGCCUGGUAUACGACGGCAAACUGUACACCAUCGGCGGACUAGGCGUGUCAGGGAACCUGGACCACGUGGAGAGGUACGACACCAUAACCAACCAGUGGGAGACGGUUUCUCCUCUUCCCAAGCCGGUCCACUCGGCGGCGGCGACGGUAUGUGGGGGGAAGGUCUAUGUGUUCGGAGGCGUGAAUGAGGCCGGACGCUCGGCGGGCGUCCUGCAGUCCUACGUACCGCAGAGCAACACCUGGAGCUUCAUCGAAUCGCCCAUGAUAGAUAACAAAUACGCCCCUGCAGUGAGUCUAAACGGUUUUAUAUUCAUCCUGGGAGGAGCCUACGCUCGAGCUACCACUAUCUAUGACCCAGACAAAGGAAACAUCAAGGCUGGUCCCAACAUGAAUCACUCUCGGCAGUUCUGCAGUGCUGUGAUCCUGGACGGGAAGAUCUACACCACGGGGGGCAUCGUGAGCAGCGAGGGUCCGGCCCUCGGCAACAUGGAGACCUUCGACCCUUGCACCAACUCGUGGACGCUGCUGCAGUCGAUGCCCUGCCCGCUCUUCAGACACGGCUGCGUGGUCAUCAAGAAGUACAUCCAGAGCGGCUGAGGGCGGCUCGGUACCAGAAACGUACCGGGUUGGACGCCAAAACACCAGCUGAGCUCCAGUUGUGGGACGAUGUGUGACGGCAGCUUAGAGCCGGAUCGGCCGGUCGGCAGCCUCCGGACUUGACGCCAGCAUCCAUCCACACUGUUACCUUCCCUCCACCCCCUCAAAUAAAAGCCCUGUGCAGAAUGUACUCAUGUUCAGCUACACAGCCAUGUCAGGUGACGAUGCCUAACCUCCAGUACUGUAUGUGUCAUGGUAGUAGUUCAUCCUCAUCCAACAGGCACAGGGACCCUCUUAGUAAUUUACAAGCUCCUUGUUUUGUUUUUUAAUGAAGCUUUGUUCCGUUCUGUCUCUGUGAACUCACCAUUCGGUCGUUUCUUUGAUGAACUCAGCUCAGUGAAAGCUCGCAGCUCCACGUUUUUGUCCCUUUGAUGUUCGCCAGAUGGUAGGUUUCAUUUGUUCAAGUUUCUCUGUUGUGUUUUCUCAGUAGUGACAUCUACAGGACAGGAGGAAAAGCGAAGGAAAGGACUGUUUUCCUCUUAUCAGCGGAUCUGAAGGGUUUCUUCUCUCUCCUCAUGUACCAGGAAGCAAAUAAUUCCUCCUGUGAGGUGAUUUAGAAACCAGAUUUUGAACUCUGUGUAACCCACUUUCUUUUAAUGACUCACUGAGCAGCAGAAAAAGUGAUCAAAUCUGGGUCGGGUGGGGUUUGAAAAGGAGGAAAUCUUUCUGUUUUUGGUGCAGCUCCAGCCUGAUGGAGACAUCAUCUGCAGGGUGAGCAGUUUGUUUUUCCCAUUUUCAUUUGUGCUCUGGUGUUUGGAGAGAGAGGGAAUUCCUCCUUCCACUGAUCAGAUGUUGAAGUUGGGACAGUUCCUCUGGAAAAAAAAGCACAAUAUUCACCUGUGACUGUUACCAUAGACAUUAUCUGUUGAUCCAGGUUUGAUUUUUAUCAUAAAUCCACCCCUUUUCUGUUUUCUACGACGUGUUUCAUUGCAACCCACAGACGAUGUGCGGUUGGUAUUCUGUAAAUACAGGAAGGAAAUAUGUAUAUUUUAAAAACCUGAAGGCAAUUCUGUAUAAAUGUUUUUAGAAAAAAAAAAACUGAUAGGUUGGAUUCAAAAUGGUAUGUCUGUAAAUCUGUACCCAAAAAGGAAAAAUUAACAAUUGUUAUUAUUGAAAACUAAUACAUAUACCAGAACAUGAAAA